AUGGUCAGAGCACUCGUGCAGCUAGGAGUGCCUGAUGAAUUGUCUCCAGACACUUCCAUCCCUGCUGCUGACAUCGCAAAGAUCGUCAGCGCCGAUCCAGAAAUGCUACGACGGGCAGUCCGCUAUGUGGCAGGCAUCGGCGUGUUCAAGGAGAUGCCUGAUGGACGGAUUGCCCACUCAGAGACGUCCCUGCAGCUUCGUAAGGGUGGGGCGCUUCGGAACAAAGUUCUCUACAGGCUUUCUGAAGAGAUAGUAAUGCCUUAUGUUCAUGGUUCUCUCAAGAUCCUGCAAGAUCCAAGCAAGAGCGGCUUCGCCCAUUUGAAUGGCAUAGAUUACUUUACUGAAUGGCUUCCAAAGCAUCCUGAGAGUGAGGCUCUCUUUGGCCAGUAUAUGUCAGAGGCCACAUCUGCAAUGAUGGGGUUGAUUGAAGAUGCCUUCCCGUGGCCGCGUUCAGGCGUCAUCGCAGACAUUGGAGGAGGAAACGGUCAUCUGCUGCGCGCGUUAUUGCAGAAGGGUGCAGCACAGGGUGUUUUGUUCGAUCUACCCUCCGUCAUCGAGACCUCCCGGCAACACUGGCCAGAUGGUGACCUCAUGCGUGGCAGCAGCGUGACAUACAUGCCAGGCAGUUUCUUGGAAGCCGUGCCAGUGAAAGCAGACAUCUACGUGCUGAAGUGGAUCCUGCACGACUGGAGUGAUGCUGAUUGCAUUCGGAUCCUCUCCAAUCUUCAGGCUUCCGCUCCCAAGGAGAGCCAGGUGGUCGUGAUCGACAUGUUGGUGCCUGAAGAUCAGCCAAAUCAGUAUCAUGUGGCGAAAUUCUUCGACGUGCAUAUGGCCAUCGGCUACGGGGGGAAGGAAAGAACUGUGGCAGAGAUGAGGUCUUUGGCGAAGGCCAGUGGUUUUGUGAUGGUUGAAGUUCUUCCGGUCGGCCGCUCGCCCUUUGCCUGCUUUGUGCUGAAGAAGAGCGAAGCUGAGCUGUGA